UUUUUCAAUGUUCUAACUUGGUUAUUAAAAAUAAAAACAAAAAAGUAAAUAUCUAAAAAUUUUCAUUUAGCGACCAGCCUGACAUCACGAUCACAUUCGACUAGACGCUUAACAUAUACACUACUGCAUUCAUUCCGUUCAAUCUUUCGUCGACCACAAAAUGGAUAAAAAAUCAGUUUCGGAACUUAAAAAAAUCUUAACUGACAGAGGAAUACUGUGCAAUGGAAAGCGUCGGGCAGAAUUAGUGACUUUAGCAGAAAAGGCCGUUAAACUGUAUCGUGAAAGAGAAGGUUGUGAUCACGAACUUUCCGAGCGAAAGCGACGUUGUGUUGUUGUGGAUGACGGCACUGUUGAUCUGAAUGGCAAAGCAGUGCAUUGGACUCGUGACUUAAAGACACUGCCAUCCAUCACUUGUGGUGACGUUUUCGCAUACUUGACGGUGGAAUGUGGGUGGUCAUCACAAAGACUUAAGCAACAUAAAUCUGAUGAUGGCUACCGUAUGUUUGUUGAAGUUGGAAGGAUUGUUGACACCGAUGAUUUUGUGUACAUUCGAGGUAAAGUCAAACCGGAGCAGCGACACACUGCUGAGCGAUAUGAUACAUGGCUCUUGUGUUGUAGUACUGGGGAAGUAAAGUCAGCUGGUUGUGGAUGUAUAGCAGCGGAUGCAGGGUCAUGCAAGCAUGUUGCUGCUUUGCUUUUCGCAGUCGAGAAUUUUUCAUCCCGACAUGUAGACAGAGGGACAGCAGUUGGCACUGAUCAGCAAUGUAAGUGGAACCAGCCUCGACGUGAAUCUGUCCCAGUAAGAAUAGCGGAGUUGGACUAUCGUCACAACAAGGAUAAACCACAAAAAGCAUUCAUGUACAUCAUUUAA